UCGAUGCGGUACCUACACUCCUUUCAGUUCAGUUCAGAUUGGUUCACUGGAGUACUUUGUUGUUGGGCGGCGUAGUUUAAACAACUAUGAUAAUUACCUUUAGGUUAUGUUGUACUUACAGCAUCGGAGUGCUGUCAAUAGUAACAAUAAUUUUAUCCAUUGCUUUGGUGUUGUCAGGGGUAUUUCAAAACGCACUGUAUUCGCGGAUAAAGGAGGAGGUCGUACUGAAGAAUGGAACAGAAGCAUUUAAGGCCUGGGAGAAUCCACCUCCCCCGGUCUAUAUGCAGUUCUACUUCUUCAACGUCACCAACCCGAAAGAGGUGCUGACCGGUGAUCGUCCUGCAGUGGCUGAGAUAGGACCUUACACCUACAGGGAAUUCCGCCCAAUGCAGGAAAUCAACUUUUUGGACAACGGCACCAAAGUAUCUGCUGUCAAUCCAAAGACCUAUGUAUUUCAGCCCAACAUGUCCAGAGGGUCUGAGGAUGACCUCAUCCGAACUAUCAACAUUCCUGCUGUGACGGUGAUGGAGAAGUUUAAGGGCCAUCCUGUUAUCAGCGGUCUCAUCUCCGCCUACAUGAGGUCGCAAAAUGUAGGCCUCUUUGUGACGCGCACUAUUGGAGAACUUCUCUGGGGAUACGAGGACGAGCUGCUGAAGGCUCUCGCCAAGUUUGUCCCCGAUCUUGACUACCAUUUUGGCCUCUUCUACAAGAUGAAUGCCUCAAACGAUGGGGAGUAUGUGUUCUUCACAGGACAGCAGAACUACAAAGACUUUGCCCGGGUGUUUGAGUGGCAGGGACAAAGGUCUCUGAGCUGGUGGAGCACGGACGAGUGCAACAUGAUCAACGGAACCAAUGCCGCCGCCUUCCACCCCAUCAUCACCAAGGGCGAGACGCUCUACAUGUUCUCCUCUGACCUCUGCAGGUCGCUCUACGCCCGGUACGAGAAGGACAUCCUGGUGAGGGGCAUCCCGGCCUACAGGUUCGUCCCGCCCAGCGAGGUGUUCGCCAACCUGUCGGUGAACCCGGCCAACGCCGGCUUCUGUGUGCCGGCCGGGAACUGCCUCGGCUCGGGCCUGCUCAACGUCAGCGUCUGCAAGCAAGAUGCGCCAAUUAUCAUGUCAUCACCACACUUCUAUCAGGCAGAUGAGAAGUAUGUUGAGGACAUUAUCGGGAUGAAACCAAGGAAAGAGUCCCAUGAGACUGUCCUUGACAUCAAUCCGCUCACAGGCAUUCUGAUGAGGGCGGCAAAACGGCUCCAAGUCAACGUCUUUGUUGAGAAGAUUCCUAUUUUCAGCCAGACCGGCAAUGUCAAGACACUGGUAUUUCCCGUGAUGUAUCUCAAUGAGAGCGUGGUUGUCGACGAGGAUUCAGCCAAGAAGCUGCAAGCCGUGGUUACCAUGGGCAACGUGGUCGUCAACAUCCCCUUCAUCAUGAUUGGCCUGGGCAUCCUGAUGGGCGUGGUCUUCAUGGUGCUCAUGUGCUGGCAGCGAGGCCCCGAGCCUCAGGCUUCUCCAGCAGAACGCCAGCCCCUACUGGGGUCAUCCUAACUCCGUCGGGGAGGGGGCGGCAUCGCAAGGCAUCCCGAAGAUCACGCUCACUCUACUCUUCACAUCAACGAUGUCCCAGCGCAGAAGCAUCACACCCCCCCCCGCCAAAAAAACCGCUCCUUCCCAUACCCUCACUUACAACUAAUAGUACUCAGUGCAUGUUACCGUGGCGUAUGAUCGAGGCUUUCCUGAGGAUUAGAGCAGCCGACGCACUGAGAGUCUUCAUGAAGUGACGCGCUGCUCCGAGGGACAUGUUUAAUGUGUUGUUCCCUUUGAUUGUUUUUACAAGUUCUAAAUUCUAAUUUUUAUUUCGAGUGGCGGUCAUCAAGCCGUCCACCCCCUGUGGUGCGCUCGAUUGAUUAAAAAAAAAAAAAAAAAACUCUACUUAAUACACUGCAGGUAGAUUUUCAGGUGUUCUCAUUCCCGUUCUACCCUCUCUUGCUGCUUUUUUAU